UCGAUCACUCGGACUACAAACAAUCAGAAUGCCUCCACGUCGAGCGCCUCGAACACCGAUGGCUACAAAGCUGACUGCAAUCUGCGAUCACAUUCACGCCGUGAAUCUCACUCCGAAGGCAUUCAUCACGGCAUUCUUGCAGCACACCGCAGAGGACUUUGCUUUUAAACGUCGAUUCUGGGGAACCGACACGGGGUGGGAUUCGACAGUUGGACUGUUAGAGGCGAUUCAAACUCUGGUCUCCUCGCAUGUUGAAGGGAGGGAAUUGUGGGAUGAUUGGGUUCUAGCUCAGGCCACACAGAUUGUCAUACAUCAAAAUCCACGGCAAGGUAACUAUCCAGCGGGAGGGUAUGUCUCGUCUGGUGACUUGAAGCAAAGCUUCUUCACGGAGCAGGAGCGCUUGUCACAAAACAGCAAGCUCACGGAUAGUAUGCCUUUCCUAUAUAAUCUAAUCUACAAGAAGAUGAAUUUCGACGAUUCGGAUGAGGUGUCCAGUGAGAAAACCGACACUGGUGACGAGGUUGAAGCAGUAGAGGAUCCCGAGCCAGAAGAGGUGGUCAUUGAAGAUCCAAUCACGGCGGAUGAUAUGAUUGAUGAGCUGCAAGAUCCCGAGUUAAAAAAAGGACUACUUGCGCUAUCAGAGCAGGACAUCAAUGUCUUUGAAGGCUUUGGUUUGGUUAAAAACAACAAUCCAACACACAGCCGGCGUCUUCGGGCAGAUACCGUCGCUCGUACAAUUUGUGCAAUGGUUUCAUUUGGCUGUAAUCGCCGACAGAACUGUUUCCAAAUGAGGAACUCUUUGAUGUUUUUGGCCGCAGGCGUCACUGAACGGGUCAACACCUAUCUGAACUAUGUUGGACUGAGCUCUUCACGAAGGACAGCUCAUGCGGCCCUGAAGACCUUAGGGAGUGAAGCUGAAUUGAAAGUCAAAAGUCGAUUGGCUCUAGGUCCUAUUCUACCACCUAGUAUUUGUUUUGACAAUUUGGAUUUCCAGCAGAAAGUUCACAUGAAGUCUGUUGGUAAAUGUGCGGUCAUGUUUCAUGGAACUUGGGGUUAUAUUCAUUCCCCUCCUCCUAGCAUUCUUCCACUGUUGAAUCCUGCUGAGCUCACUACAGAGGCUCUCAACAAGGCAUUGCACAUAGCAUCAAAGCAGGAUAUUCUCCUCAAAUCUUUUGCACCAACACAGGAGAGUACAAAUCACUUUGCAAAGGUUUUAAAAUCUCAAAUCACAAGGGUGAUCCUCCGAUAUGUAGCGCUCCCGGUUGGCGAGCAAUCGACACUCCAUCGCAAUCCACCGUCAGUCCAGCCAAUAGCUGCUGAGCUACCUAAUGUGGCCAUGCUGAAGCUCAUGGUUGCUUCUGACAAUUCGGCUCAAGGCGUUGGGGAGGUAUUCACCGGGAUCAUUCAGCAAUCUGGCCUAACCCCUCAAGAAUUCCACUCCCGAGUUCAGAUCAUUGAAGGUGACUUGGGGACGUGUAAUAUUUUUGAUACACUACGAAACCAAAGGACGCCUGGUCACACCCACAAAGCAAGCCUGGACAAUGUACUUCCUAUCCCCGGGGCGGCUCACACACUCUGGAACAUUGCCCAAGCUUUGUUUCUAUAUCACUGGGGAGAUGAAAAACACAGUCGAGAUACCGGGGCAUGGCGGACUCUCCAUGCCUUGGGGAUCCAAGCAGAUAAGCCAACAACCAAGAAGGAUUUUAAUCUGAUGCUUUCACAUAUUGAGAGGAUACACGAGGCUAACCUUCUCUAUUGUGCACUGGUGAUCCUUGGUAAGGAUAAGGAUUGCUUAGGUGAAAAAUUGAUCAAUAUGACGGCGGGAGAGAUCACAAGAUUAGUUGAAGAAACCUACGAGACUUUCUGCACAAUCGAUGCCCGUGAGUCAGAGAGGGCGUCAAAAUUCCCUGCAUAUGGCAACAUGCUCUUGCGGAUUCGGGACUUUGCAACCAUAGUGGAGGCAGCUCGUGCCAUGAAAGCUGGCGACCCUGGGCGACUGAUGUAUAUGUGGGAACGCUGGGCAUUUAUGACUCAAGCUCUGCCCAAGCUGCCUCAUUAUUCCAAGCAUCUCCCAAAGCUCAUAGUGAUGAUGAAGGAAGUCUUGCCUGCCUCAUUGGCAAGGGUUGUGGAAAGCACCUUGCUCAUCUCACCCACCGGAAGACCUAAUCACUUUGUUGCUACGGACUGUUUCUUAGAGCAACAGAACUAUUGGCUCAAGUAUUUCUUCAAUCAUUCUGGUAUUGGCACCAAUAUCAAUCGCUUGAAGGAUGUGUUUUCCAUCAACAUCCCAGUGAUAAGUUUGCUUGCUACGCUUUCUUAUUCAACUGCUAAAGAUUGA